AUGAAACUCCAGUUUCACAGUGCCUCUAGUGAUUCAAAGCAGGUGCGUUUCCCAGCAGCACUGGGCGACCUCAAAAAACGUCCUGCUUGGGUUACGAGUGUCACUCGACCGCAGUUGCAAAAGAAGCGCUUGCUUCUUGUCGUGCACGCGUCGAGGCUAGGCCAAUUCUGGCGAUGCCUUCGAGAGCGCCGUUGCUGGCUGCCCGGAGGCAGUCACUUGUCGCCGGUUGCGUGCCUCGCCGGUGAGCAGCCUACUCGCAACGCGGGUAGCGCACCAUCGACAGAGAACCUCGUGCGCUAUCGAGCUGUAGUCGCCUACGAUGGCACCGACUUUCACGGCUUUCAGCGACAGGCAAAGUCACGAGCGACACCAACGAUCCAGGGCCGACUCGAAGCGGCCCUGCAACAACGUCUCGGAGGUUAUCCCUGGCACUGCCAGGUAGUCGGUGCUGGACGCACCGACGCUGGUGUUCAUGCUCGAGGCCAAGUCAUACACUUUGAUAUUCCCGAGCAGAAGGCCGCUACAUCCGCAUUUGAGCCAUCUCGACUGGAGCAUGCCCUGAAUCGACUCCUUCCCCGAACGAUUCAGGUACGAGCGAUGGAGGUCUCACCGCCGCCGGCCUGGUAUCUUGUACCCUCGACACGAACGUACCAGCUGCUGCCCUGGCAUGCAAUCUACCGAGCACAAGGCAAACGCUACGUUUAUCGCCUUUCUGCUGGUGCAUGGAUCGACCCGCUCUACCAUCGUUACGCGUACACAGAUUACCGCCAGAUGCAGCACUGGGCGGUAGCGCAACAGAUGUUGCAGACAUUCGUAGGAACACAUGAUUUUGGAGCGUUCGCAAGCAGCCCACCGGGAAAGGCCGAUCGCCACCAGAUCCAGCGUUCAACGGUACGAACGAUCCGACGAAUCUCGGUCGAGCCAUCCCCCGUAGAUAGUAUUGUACCUGUGUGGAAAUUCGAGUUCGAGCUCGAUGGUGCGCUUUACAGGAUGAUUCGGAACAUCAUGGGAACAUUUCUCGCAGUCGCUCGAGGCGAGUUAGAUGAUGCGCUUGUUGUCGAUGCGCUGCAGCAAGGCAGUCGAGGGCGUGCGCUCAUUGCGCCCCGGGUGAAACCUGCUCCGGCGCACGGACUAUGCCUCGAGCGCGUCUACUACGCAGACGGCUACCCGGUACGGCAAGACGUUACGGCUGAUGCUGCGCACGAGUGUACACAUACCGUGUCGUCGGGGAAUCGGGGAGCGCCUCUUCCUCCGGGUGCAGAUGUUCUCGUAUGA